AUGCCCUAUGCCCGACGCCCGCUCUGUCUGCCUGCCCCGACGCCCGACGCCCGCGCCUCCCAAGCACCCUCACGUGACCCGCCCACUGCCGCUGCUUGGCUCCUUCCUCCAGCCUGCCUACCCACCCUACUUGCUACCGCCACUACCACUUCUACUACCACCGUGUACGUACGACGCGUCUGCCUCCGUCUCAAGUGGCGGCCGCCGCGCCUGCACGAGUGGGGAAGUCGCCGCCGGCCAUGGGGCGGUCAAGGCAAGCGCAGCUUCUAUUUUCAAACUCUGCCUAGUGCCUUUGCCUGCUGCUGCUGCUACUGCCCACGCCGGCGUAUGCCAAACCACCACACACGCGCCCUCACCCACGCCCGCGGCGGCCUCUUCCUGACCUGUCUUGUCUCGUCGUGUCAAAUCAUAAUAAUCCUCGUUCCAUUCCCUUCUAUGGGCAGUCGCGACCCCACGGUACUUCCCUUACUCCCAUGGCCGCUGUACGCAGUAGCAGUAGUAAGCAUCCCAGCACCCAGCACCAUAGCAUGCUGGCCCCGGCCCUGCUAUAGCAAUGCACCAUGCGACCUUCAUUUCGCCCCUGCAGCCUGUACUCACAAUCCUCGCCCUCAGAUCACAGCUCGCACCCGUCGCGGCCCUAUCGGACGUGUCACUGACCCAUUCUCCCACAGUUUUGCCGCGUGCUGUGUGUGGUGUGUGCGUGUGUGCGUGUGUGCGCCCUGCCCUCGAGUCCAAUUCACCGCCGCUAGUCGACCGUUUGAGCAGUUGCACCACUCCGCCGCCCCGCCCUCUGCUCCGCCAUUGGCCGCCGCUGCCGGUGAGAGCAGAAAAACACUCGCUCCCAACGUCGCGUACGGCGACUGGCCGAUGCACGCCCGCAUCCCACCAACCGCCAUGUACCGCACUCGAGAUCGGCCACGCGAUGCUCGUCACGGCAAUGCCCCUCGGGAGCAGCGUCAUGGGCGGCCUGGUCCAAUCGCUGCUGAUCGGCCCUGGGACGUUGCAUCUUACUUACUCCUGCGAGCGCCCUCUGCGGAACCAUGA